AUGCCGUCAAUACAGUCGUCCACGGAAGGCCUGCUCGGCAGCCUCUUCGAACGAGCACAGGACGCCAUCUUUGCGCUCUCCUCUUGUCUUCCCUGCACACCCGAAACAUCCGUCCUCAAACUCAACGGUCGCAACUUCCAGAUCGUAAAACUUCUCGGCGAAGGUGGAUUCAGCUUCGUCUACCUCGUCAAGGAUCAGAACUCCGGGCGACUGUUUGCACUGAAAAAGAUCCGAUGCUCCUCCUACGGUGCCGAUUCAUUUCAGGAAGCCAUGAAGGAGAUCGAAGCGACCAAACGGUUCCGUUCGCCACACAUCAUUCCGAUCUACGAUAGCUGCGUGGUGCAGGACGACGCUGGCUCGGGUACGCUGUUCGGCAACCUGCCUUCGAGCGACCCGGACGGUGGCGGUGGGAGAGGUGGUGACGGCGGCAAGGUCAUCUACCUCUUCCUGCCGUUCUAUGAAAAGGGCAAUUUGCAGGACGCAAUCAACGCACAUGUGGUGCGUGGAACUCGAUUCGGUGAGCGAGAGAUGCUGCAGCUGUUCUUGGGCACGUGCAAAGCGGUUCGCGAGAUGCACCACUAUCGACUGCCAAAUGUAGGCGCGACGAGGCGAGGUGCGGGAGCAUCGUCGAUACCGCGCAUGGAGGUGUCACCCCCCGACGAUCCAUUUUCAGACUCGCAGGCCGCGGAAGCACCGCUCAUCUCGGAUGGUGUCGAUGCCGACGACGACGGCGGCAACGAUGCCUCCUAUCCACCCAAGCCGAACAAGGGCAAAGCACGCGAUCUCGGCGGAGACGGAGAUACCGUGGAGCAAUCGGCACUGGACGGCGGAGUGGAGCAGGGCGGUGCCGGACAACUGCUACCCUACGCACACCGAGAUAUCAAGCCGGGCAACGUCAUGGUAGCCGACGACGGCAAGACGCCUAUCCUCAUGGAUUUCGGCAGCACGAUCAAAGCUCGCGUCCACAUCAAAACGCGCCGCGAAGCCGUUGCGCACCAGGACAUGGCUGCCGAACGAUCCUCCAUGCCGUACCGAGCGCCGGAGUUGUUCGACGUGCCUACAGAGACGACGCUGACCGAGUCGGUGGACAUCUGGUCGUUGGGUUGUUUGCUGUAUGCGUUGGCGUACCUGCAUUCGCCGUUCGAGACGACGCAGACUAUUGAGCAGGGUGGAUCGAUCGCACUGGCGGUGUUGAACGGAUCGUACAAGACUCCACCGAGCAGCGAGGAUCCGUACUCGGAAAAGACGCGCGAGAUCAUCAAGAGGUGCAUACAGGUCAAGCCGGACGAACGGCCGGAUGUCGACGCCGUGAUCGAGUUGACGCAGGCUGCGCUGCGUGGGUUGGAGUAG